GCUGAAUCGAAAUGUGGCGCUCCAAAUUUAAUGCCAAAGAGUCACCUCACUACCGCACUGCGAGCCUGAUCCCACUCACAUCCACUCGCCUGCUGCAGCUCAUCGCAAUCCGGCCAGACGGCCCUUGAGAAGCAGCACAAUGCCUACCAUCGGAGUCGACAAGGAGGACUUCUACCGAGCCAUUGGCAAAGAUCCCAAAACAUACACCAAAGAGGAAUUCGACCAACUGUGCUUCGAUUUCGGCAUCGAGCUCGAUGAGGACACCUCGGAGAGCAAACGACCCAUAGUAGAUGGCGUCGAGGAGCGCCCGCAGUUGAAAAUCGAGAUUCCUGCAAACCGCUAUGACAUGCUCUGCUUCGAGGGCAUUGCCCUGGCCCUGAAUGUCUUCUUGGGCCGGCAGCCAAUGCCCAAAUUCACACUUGCUCCGCCAAAGGAUGGAAAGCUCCUCACCGUGAACAUCGCGAAGGAGACCGAGCAAAUACGCCCUUUCUUCUCGUGUGCCAUCCUUCGCGGCAUCAAGUUCGACAAGGCGCGCUACGACUCUUUCAUCGCUUUACAGGACAAGUUACAUCAGAACCUCGCGCGUCAGCGGACUCUUGUGUCAAUCGGCACCCAUGACCUCGAUACUAUUGAAGGCCCAUUCUCUUACGAAGCCCUUCCUCCAGACGAGAUCAAGUUCGCGCCCCUCAAUCAGACGAAGGUCAUGACGGGUAGGGAACAAAUGGACUUCUUCGAAAAGGACAAGCACUUGUCGCGGUACUUGCACAUCAUCCGUGACUCUCCAGUGUACCCCAUUAUCUACGACAAGAACCGAACAGUCCUUUCCAUGCCACCUAUCAUCAACAGCAACCACUCGAAGAUUACGCUCGAUACCAAGAACGUAUUCAUCGACAUCACUGCCACUGACGAGACCAAGCUCGAACUUGUCAAUCACGUUCUAUGUGCCAUGUUCUCGGAAUACUGCAGCGAGCCCUUCACGAUUGAACCUGUCCAGAUCGUAUCAGAACACAAUGGCCGAACGCGACAAACGCCGAGCUUGCAACCUCGAAAGGCCCAGGCAUCAGCCUCUUUCAUCAACUCGGUCUGCGGUCUCAAUGAAUCGCGAGAGUCUCUGAGUGACCUCCUGAAGAAAAUGGCCUACGACGCUCGCCCAUCUGCAGAAGACAAAGAUCUGUUGGAUGUCGACAUUCCGAUCACGCGCGCAGAUGUACUCCACCAGGCAGAUAUCAUGGAGGAUGCCGCCAUUGCAUAUGGCUUCAACAACCUGCCCAAAUCUUUCCCAGCCUCCUCAUCUUCGGUCGCAGCUGCUCUGCCGGUCAACAAGCUCGCCGACAUCGUGCGUCUGGAGUCAGCCAUGGCAGGAUGGAGUGAAGUCAUGCCUCUCAUUCUAUGCAGUCACGAUGAGAACUACGCAUGGCUAAACCAGAAGGACGACGGCCGCGCAGUGAGACUUGCGAACCCAAAGACUGCAGAAUAUCAAAUCGUGCGCACAUCCCUGGUACCAGGCCUGCUAAAGACAAUCAGGGAGAACAGGCGCCAUGCAGUGCCGAUGAAAAUCUUCGAGGUUGCGGACGUUUGCUUCAAAGAUGACACUCUGGAGCGACGAAGCCGAAACGAACGCCACUUUGCGGCUGCGUGGUAUGGAAAGACAAGCGGCUUCGAGCAGGUACACGGUCUGCUCGACCGUGUCAUGACGAUGCUGAGAUCAGCUUUCAUCACAAGAGAAGAUGGCCUGAAGAACGAGGCGCUGCAAGGGUACUGGAUUGAAGAAGUUGAUGACCCGACAUACCUUGCCGGCCACUCAGCAGCCAUUUACCUCCAACUUGCAGGCAAGAAGGCGCAGCGCAUUGGCACCUUUGGUAUUCUGCAUCCUGCUGUGCUCAAGAACUUCGAGCUUCCAUUCCCAACAUCAACACUCGAGCUCAAUCUGGAGGUUUUCCUUUAGAUAUUGAAUAUGGAAUGUCUUGGGUUACGAGUUCAGGUUAACGCCGCUAUGAGGUUGAUCGCUCAGUGAAGCGUGUCCGCGAAAAUGGCAUGUAUGGGCUCUUUGUCUGGACUCCAUAGACUCUGUGAUGUGAAAUGUAUACAUCGCCCUUUGGCAAGAAAUCGCCCA